CCACUCACCAAAACGUAACAAAAACCAAGAAAGAUCUUUCAAAAUCAGAUGUCCUUACUACAACUAACAGUACAAAAAACAAUACUUCAAAAGCACUGAUCACUCGUCGUAUUGGAGAUAAAUCUGAUAUACAUAACCUAACUUUUAUCGACAAUAUUGCAAAAAUCAUUAAUGGCAGCGAAAACAUUAAUAUAACUGAACCAGAUUCAGUCAACACUACAGAUAUACUAAGAAGAUCUAACGUUCCUCCUAAACUUCUACAUAAAAGUGAUACUAAAAAUGGAACUGAUGUACAUGUAAAUGAUAAAACUAUGCAAGUACACGAAAGUACUGAACACGAUACAGCAAAAUUAUUCGAUGAUCCGAUUGAAGUAGUAUCUGUAAAUAGUACUGCACAAUAUUUCGAAUUAAUCAAAGAUAAUGCUGAAAACCCGAAUGUAACUGCAGAGGACAAUGAUAUCUCGUUUCGAUCAGAUUUUCUGAAGAAAAAACACAGUGCAGUCAACCUUUUAAAUCGAAAUCAUGAUGUCAUGAAUGAUGGUAUUUCUACUGAAAAUGAAAUGCAUGUUAAAGAAACAAAUGAUAAUCUAGAGAACGUUUUUCUUAUUAUGAAUACAGAUCCAGAUGAAAUUAAUCCAAUAAACAAAUUUGAAAUUCGACGGUUAAAUAAAAAUGGAAGUGAAGGAAAGUUUUCAAUAGAUAAAGAUAAACGAAUUAUAGACAGUAAAUUCAGAAGAACGGGGAACUUAGAUGUAAAUAAAACAUUUCUUAAUGGUGAAGGCAAAGAUUAUAACAACGGUGAGUUUUUUGAAAUAACUACUUUCAGCGAAUCAGGUUUGAGAAAUGAAGAUCAAAUCGGUGCAAGAAACAAUGUGAAUGAAAAUGUUCAUUUAAGACAAACACUUAUAGAAGUAGAUCCUGAUAAUCCAGAAUAUGGUUUUGCAAAUUUCGAUGUUCUUAAUGGUGCCAUAGGAAUCUUACACCGUAUAAAACGAAGCACCAAGAAACACGAAAGAAAACUUCGUGAAGUUGACAAAUCUAAGCACGAUGAAGUCUGUCAGCAAUGCAAGGAUUUGUAUAAACAUUUAGAAAAUGACCUUGAGGAUAUUCCAGAAUUCAGAAUGUUGAAACCAGAAAAUCUGAUCAACAUAUUAAAAUAUACGAAGUUCGUUGAGAAAAACGAUUGUCCACUUUCAAUAUUUUUCAAGCUUGCUUUGAAAAAAGUUUAUGAUAGGUUAUCACGCAUCGAAAAUGUACUUUUAAAAUCCCUUUUGCGGUACUUGAAUAAUUUAAUUGAAGGGAAAGUUGAAGUUAUAAAUUUGGUGACUAAAAAGCUUACCAACAUUCCGUUCCCGAUGAAACUUAGACUGCAGUUACUACAAGAUCCAGCUCAAAGCAUCAAAGAAAUAAUGUCGUACACAACUUCAAUUAUUUGCCAAUAA